GACCAGUUUUCAUUACGCCUGGAAACGAAUAUUGUUUGCGUCUGGGCUGCGAGUCUUCCCCUACCACCAGGUUUUCUCUAUUCACAACUACAAUUACCUCGGGAACUUCAACAAAAUGAGGAAGAAAGGGAGACCUAAAAAGCAGAAGGGAGGAAAAAAUCCCUCAAAACGAUUAGGGCGUCCACGGAAGAAAGUUGCCCCAUAUGAGGAGGAGGUUACCACAAGACCGAGAGCAUCAAAGAGAGCUCGUGUAGAAAGUGAAGAUACCACUAUUGAUAGAAAAGAUAAAGGAGUAAUUUCUACAGUUCUGGUUAUCGAUGAUGGCAUGUCUGAAGGAUUACACAUGUCUACUAGCCAAGUUCAUGCGUUAGGUGCCCUAGUGGCUUGUCGUGAGUGUGGAGAAGCUGUAAGGAUAGGAGUUAGACCAACAACAAAGGGUAUGAUAUCAGAAUUCACAGUAUCUUGUACAGUGUGUGAAGAUCACAAGUCUACUAAUACCCCAAAUUUGAUUCGCGAAAGGAAGAGAAAACGUGAGAAAAAGGAUAUAAUGCUUCAGAAGACAGAGAAUAUUAAUUAUGCUCACGUUGCAGCAUAUUUAGAUAAUGGCCUUGGCUACAGUGGUUUGCGUCAUUAUUGUAAAUACUUCAAUGCCAGAUGUCUAAAUGAAGCAACAUUCAUUGUAUAUGCACGCCAGGUCAUUAGUGAUGUUGUAGCUGAUACAGAGGAAAGUUUACUGUAUAGUGCUGGCAUUGUUAGAGAAGUUUUUAAGAGCCAACUUGAAACUGAUGGGCUUAUUGAUCUUACUGUUGCCUUUACAACCACAUAUCAUCAGUGGGGUAGUGACUUCUGCCUUGUAGCUGGUGCUGUGAUCGAGUUGACAACGGGUCUUGUCCUGGACUAUGAUGUUGCUAAUAUGUAUUGUCAUGUUUGCAAGAUAAAUGCCAAAAAAAUUGUUUCUAUGUCCCCUACAGAAAUGACAGAAUGGUUCAACAAACACCAAGACACAUGUGAGAUAAGAGAAUGGUGUGAUGAAUUGGACCAUGAUGCUGAGGAGGGUGUUAGAGAAAUAGAACCAAAGUAUUUAGAAUGCUUUGUAGCAAAAAAAAUAUGGUCACGCUCCAUUGAAAAGUAUGGAUUCAGAUACACUACACUCAUUCAUGAAAGUGAUGAAAAGAUACAUGAAGAGCUCUCGAGGGCAAAUGUUUAUGAAGACAUUCCCAUUCUUAUUGAUAGCACCACCUCCUGCUUCAGUAGGAGAAAGAGUGAACAUGCUCGAACAUCUUUUCAAACAAAAUUAAAGGGAAAAUGUCCACGUGAACGUGUACAGACCAAAGACAGGAUCAUGUAUGUAUAUGCUAUGUCCAUACCUGAAUACAACAAAUUUGCCAUUUCAUCUAAUAUUAAGUUGAGGCAGUUAGUGAAAGAGCUAGAGGGUGGGUCAGAUGAGCCUUCAAUGAUAUUAGGUCAGCCAAUUGAAGAAUUAGAAGUUCUUGAGCUGAGAGAUGUGAAGAAUGUCCGGCUUGCAGAGGCAAAUGGCCAGGAAGUGGAAGAUGAAGAAGCUGAGAAUGCAGAAGCUGAGAAUGUAGAGGCUGAGAAUGUAGAAGCUGAGAAUGCAGAAGCAGAUGAAGAGCAGGAUGUUGAUGAUCCUGAGGGCCCAGUAGAUGAAGUACUUGAAGAGCAGGAAGAGGAGGAAGCGGGGGAGCAACAGGUUGAAGAAAUGGAGGAGGAGGAGGAGGAGGAGGAGGAGGAAGUACCAGAGGAAAAGGGAGAACAGGAGGAAAAUGAAGAAAAAGAGGAAAAGGGAGAACAAGGGGAAAAUACGGAAAAACAGUUGUCAGAGAGCACGGAAGAAAGGAUGGUGUCAGAACGUUUGGAAAUACAAGAAGUGUCUAAAAGUACGGGAGCUCGGGUGUUAGAGGUAGUGACAGAAAAAAACAAAAGUGGAGCUGCUGAUGACAGCAAAGGGAAUGCUAAACCUGCAAGUGAUAUUUCAAACAAGUCCUUGGAUGUUCCUAGUAACCAAAAGGAGAACAAGUGAUAAAUAUCAAACCUAUAUUCUUGUUGAAAAUGGCCUUUAUUCUUGGAGAUCAAGGGUAUAUAAAAAGAUUCUCUCCCUCCUUUUUCUUUUUCAGAUAAAAGGCAAGCCACAGAAUUAUAUUUUGAUUAAAGAAGCUUAAAAAUUUUUUUUAUCUUAAGAUUAUAGGAACUUUACUGUACAUAUGUGAAGUUGAGAGAUGUUACUGCCAUUAUGUUAAACCGUAUAUUCAUUUAAUACUGUAACUCCGUUACACAUCCAUAUUGACUACACAUACACACAAGUGCAGUGUGUGUAUAUAUAUAUAUAUAUAUAUAUAUAUAUAUAUAUAUAUAUAUAUA